CAAAACCCGAGAAAACCUUUAAUGCUAAGCUGUGGUAGGAAUAUCCAGAAUCCGAUAACCAGAACCCACCCGUAAAAAAUAAUAUGGAGCAAUGAACACCCACCCGCUUAAGAAAACAAAUUCCCGCCAUCUCAAAACACAGAGACAGCAGAUUCCCUCUCAAAUAAUUUGUUUUAAUUUUUCUUUUUUCAUUAUUCAUCUGCAGAAAUCAGGGAAUCAAUUUUCUUUUUGUUCCGUCUCCGGUGGUCGUCGUCGGGAAAACCAAAGAUGCCGCCGUUGCAGAGGGAGGAGGGCGGCCCAGCAUCAGUGCUGAACUGGAGACAUCAUGCCCUAAUUCAAGCACUCCUAUCUCGGGGCCCAAUCAAAGAUAAUCAAUUCCAUUCCUUCUUUUACCAGCUCACCGGCAAAACUCCAGAUCAUAGGUCGUUUAAUGAUUACCUGUUGGACAUAAAUAAGCAGCUAGCUUAUGUCCAACUUGACUUGAGGAAAUGCCUUAAUCAAUACGAUGGGAAGGCUUAUUAUGGCGUGGCAAACAAUUUUGCGGACGAUCAGUCCAAGCUUGGAACUAAGUACACCGUUCCUCAAAUUGCUUUAUACAAGGGAAUUAUUGAAGCUAUUGUUCAAGACUCAAGUGGUGAGGGUAGCAUUUCCAAUACUGAGGCACUUAACGUACAGUUGGAGAACCAGGUUUCAACUGGAAUGGGCUCGCAGUCGCAGAUGCAGUCACCGGGUAAUUUAACUCAAGUCCCUACUGCACUGAAGAACUUCACCAUGUCUCAAAAAGAUAAAACUAUUGAAGAGUUGAUUCGUGACCAAUGGCUUUGUGCAAUAUCUAACGGACAAAGGAUUGGUCUCGGUGUGAGAUCCUUUCUUGAUUUACGGUGCUGGUUCCACAGUAAUGAAGUUCCUACAUGUGAAGUCUGCAAUGAGGCUGCAAUAAAGGUGGAGCUUUGCCAGAAUGAAGGUUGUGAGGUUCGAAUGCAUCCAAGCUGCGUGAAAAAAAAAUUCUCGCAAACUAGGGCCAAAAAAGUUUGUCCACGUUGUGGCGUCCAGUGGCAUGUAGCAGCUGUGAAAAGAGAACACCUAGAAGAAGAAGACAACAAUGAAGAUGACGCCCCUGAGAACUCGUCCCCACCUGUUGAUCCAUCUUCAAGAAAGAGAUCACGGGUUUCCCAACAACAUCAGCAGAAUACUCAAGAGUCAAAGCCCAUUUCUUCCGCAAGUUCUAAUCCUGUUGCCAACACACGGAGAUCAACGAGAAGUUCUGCAAGGCAACAUGCUGCUUAGCCUAUGUACGUCUGUUUGCUUUGGUGCUUACUUGCUCAGAGCCAGUACUCAUCUUUUGAUUGUACAUAGUAUUAGUGUAUUUUGUCGGUAUUAUCAUUAUGAACAUGAUAUCUUCAAUCAUGUCUAGUUUUUGAGUUCCGGUGUGGAUGUUAUUCAUCUUUUCAGACUGUUAUUAGAGAUAGUUUCUUUUGAUGAGGCCUCGUGGCAAAUUGCAGUUAUUGAAUCUUCCUAUCAGAUCAAACUAAUGUGUUGGAGCAGUUUAAAAAAGUGUCGCCGUG